AUGGCUAACCUUCGAAUGCAAUUCGCCACCGAUAAAACCGUUGUGGAUCGUUUUUUUCGUCUCGAUCAAAAGGGUAAAGUUCAAGCGAAAUACAUCUGGAUUGAUGGUACCGGUGAAAAUCUGCGCUCAAAAACUCGUACACUCGACUUUGAACCCACCAAACCAGAACAACUACCGAUUUGGAAUUUUGACGGUUCCUCUACUGGUCAAGCCGUUGGUACCGAUUCGGAAGUGUAUUUGAAACCGGUGGCAAUAUAUCCGGAUCCGUUCCGUCUCGGCGCGAAUAAACUUGUACUCUGCGAAACUCUCGAUGGUAAAAAACAGCCUACAGCAACAAAUAAUCGGAAGCGAUGUGCCGAAGUGAUGGAAAAAGCUAAAGACCAACACCCAUGGUUCGGCAUGGAACAGGAGUAUACUCUACUCGAUGUGGACGGGCAUCCGUUCGGUUGGCCGAAGAAUGGAUUUCCCGGACCUCAGGGACCGUACUACUGUGGUAUUGGAGCGAAUAAAGUCUACGGUCGUGACAUAGUCGAAGCACAUUAUCGCGCCUGUUUAUAUGCUGGCAUCAACAUCUCUGGUACAAAUGCUGAAGUUAUGCCUGGCCAGUGGGAAUUCCAAGUGGGCCCAGUUGAGGGCAUCGCGAUGGGUGACCAGCUGUGGAUGGCUCGUUUCCUCCUACAUCGAGUCGCCGAAGAAUUUGGCGUAGUUGCUUCACUUGAUCCUAAACCAAUUAAAGGAGACUGGAACGGAGCAGGUUGUCACACAAACUUUUCCACAGCUUCCAUGCGUGUUCCUGGUGGAAUAAAUGACAUCAUGACGGCUAUCAAUAAGUUGUCAUUAGUACAUCAGCAACACAUCGCUUACUACGAUCCCCAUCUAGGAAAGGACAAUGAGCGUCGACUAACUGGACGUAAUGAAACGGCGAAGAUCGACCAGUUCUCUUAUGGUGUCGCUUCAAGAGCCAGUUCAAUCAGAAUUCCACGCCAAACUGACAACGAUGGCUAUGGUUAUUUCGAGGAUCGGCGACCCUCAUCGAACUGCGACCCGUACAAUGUGAUCGCAGCACUUGUACGUACCGUGUGUCUAGAUGGUGAUGAUCGCAAACUCUCGCUUAUAUACGUGCCUACAAGUGGUGGACAACAAUCCUAA